UUCAAUCAUAUUGUGAAAUUGUAAACAUUAGGCAAUAGAUACGUCAACAACACUCAACAAACCUAGGUUCCACGUAAAUUUGAUCAAUUUUGAGGAUAAUUUGCAGUGAGUGACACGAAAUUAUAUAGAAAAUUGUGUUGGCUUGGUGGUUGAAUUAUAUAAAAAUAUCAAAACAAUCAUGGAUUGUACUGCAGCUACUGUACAACAUUGUAAUGUUGAUGAAUCAACUGAUGAAGCAUUGAUAAAUAUUCUUCUUGAUAAUGAUUGCCUUGCUGAAAUAUUAUCAUAUCUUACUCCAAUGCAAAUAUUACAAACACCAUUAGUUUGUAAAAAAUGGCAAACUGCAAGUUUUCUUGCUUGGAAAAAUAUCAAAGCAUUUUAUUGGCAACGAUGUCUUUAUGAAGAAAAAUGUUUAAUAUCAAUAUUAUCAAAAUGUGGUAAUUAUUUGGAGUAUAUGACACUUAAAGGUGUCGAUAAUGGAUGUGCUCCUUUGGUGGAGCCUGAUCAAUAUGACAUUUUUCCAAUUAUUAGACAGUAUUGUUCAAAUCUCACAUAUUUGUCAAUUACUUUUCAAAUAUGUGCCAGGCGUUGUGAUUUAAUAGAUUUACUUUUGAAUGUGAAGAAACUAAAGUAUAUUAAAUUACAUAGGGGUGCUGACUGUGAGUUGAUGAAAGAUCCACUACAAGUAUACGAAUCAAUGUUGAGCGUGAUUCCAAAAGAUAUUGAAGAAAUUCAUUGUUCAUUGAAUAAGGACAUUCUUGUUCCUUCAAAAUCAAUUGUUGCUUCUCUUGCAGAAUUCACUGCUAUCCGUUGUCUUUCACUUGAACGUUGGAAACUUGACCGCAGUAUUAUUAAAAUGAUAACACAAAAAUAUCAACCACUAACUUAUCUAAACUUAGACGGUUGUGAAAUUAACUAUGAUGAUUUGUUAUCAAAACUCAUCCACAGAAUGUCACAUACUUGUAAAGUUUUAAAACUUCCAUUAUCUAACAAUCAUCCUAACAACUUUGAAUUUUUGACAAAAUUUGAGAUGUUAGAAAGUCUAGAAGUUACUGAUCCAAAUGAUGAUGUUAUUAUGAGUAUUUCAAACUACUGUGAAAAUAUAAAAAAUUUGAAAAUGGUUUCAAAAUCUCAAACAAUUACCAGAAACAGUCUAAAAAGUUUAGAAAAACUAAAGAAUCUUGAAUCUUUACAUUUGCAAGUAGAACUUAUUGAUGAUAGUUUUCUUGGUAACAUCAGUGAACACUGUAAAAAAAUUAAGCAACUAGUGAUUUUAUCACCAACGUGCCGCCAACUAUCAUGGUCAAAAAUAUCUUUAAAAGAAAUAUCAAAAAUGAAGAAUCUUGAGGAUUUAUCAAUUGGUUCUUCAAACAAUAUUGAUGAUGUAGAAAUUAUAGUAAAAAGUUGCAAAAAAUUAGAGCGCUUUUUAAUACUUCCUGAAAGAAUGAUAUCAAAGAAUUGUUUCAAUAGCUUAAUGCAAAUUGCAAACUUAAAAAUAUUUAAUUCUGAGUGGUUUCCUGAUAUAACAGAUAAAAUAAUUAUUAAUUUAAAUAUGAAUAAACUGACGGAAUUUUCGUGCAGUGGAUGUGGUCGAUUAAGCGAUAGGAGUAUUAAACAAGUUAUUAAAAAUUGUCCAAAUCUUAAAAUAUUGGAGAUCGAUGGAAAUGACAUGACAGAAAAUGUUAUAAUUUAUGCUGCAAAAAAAACAAGAAAACGCACUAAUCAUACUAUCUUAUCGAUGCUUGUUGAUCAAUUUAUGCUCUGGAGUUUUCAACAGUCUUGUUUUUACAUAAAAGAUAAAAACAAGUCCAUAAAUAAAUCUCCUUAUUUACAUCUUAUAGAAGCGUUUAAUUGAAGCUGGCAUCCUAAAUGUUGAUGACUCUCAAUUAAAAACAUCAACAGAUUUUCAAUCAAAAUUACAUUUAUAAAAAAAUAUGUCAAAAUAAUAUAUUCUUAAUUUUUAAUUUUUCUAUUUUUUCUAAGCCUUAUAAAGAAUAAUAUAAAUAAAUAAAUAAAUUCAAUCAUAGAAAUUACAGAAA